GUCUGUUACUAACAGAAACUGCAUGUUUGUGUGAGUGUUUUGAUCUCAUUGUUUAUUUUUUCACAAGUGUUUAUUGUUCAAUAUAACUUUUCAUGUAAUUUUUUGAAUCGCUAAUUUGAUGGAUUUAAGAGAAAAGAUAUUUGAAUCAAUCAAGCGGAGUCAUGAGCUCUUUGCCAAUGAUUUUGGCGCAUUACCAGAAAAUCCAGACUAUGAGAGUUGCUUGUCGAUUCGCGGUAGAGAUCAAUAUGGACACAUUUACGACAGAGUUAAUUCUAUGGGUGAUAAAAAAACGAAUUCGUUUGGAAAUUCAAAAACUCCCCUCUUAGGACCCUCUUUACCGGCUCCAUCACAAGCAUUAGUACUUUCGAAGCAACAAGACUCCUCGAUAUCACCUAGAACACAAAAUCAGAGACCAUCAUUAGGAGCAAUCAUCCCUCAUAAAGCUCCUGUUAUGCCAAAACCUCAAUGGCAUCCUCCUUGGAAAUUGAAGAAAGUAAUCAGUGGUCAUACUGGUUGGGUACGAUGUCUAGCUGUUGACACCAGUAACGAAUGGUUUGCAAGCGGUUCAAAUGAUAGGACGAUUAAAAUUUGGGACUUAGCAAGUGGUAAAUUGUCAUUGACCGUUACCGGCCAUAUCUCACCAGUUCGAGGCUUAGCUGUAAGCUCCAAUCAUCCUUAUCUUUUCUCUUGCGGUGAAGAUAAGCAAGUGAAAUGCUGGGAUCUAGAGCAAAAUAAAGUAAUUAGACAUUACCAUGGGCAUUUGAGUGCUGUUUAUUCAAUUGCUGUAUUGCCAGAAUUAGAUAUCCUUAUAACUGGUGGAAGAGAUAAAGUUGCACGUCUCUGGGACAUGAGAACUAAAGUUCAGAUUCACAGCCUGAGUGGCCACAACGACAGUAUUGCGUCCGUGCAAUGCCAACCAUCUGAUCCACAAGUAAUCACUGGAUCUCAUGACAGUACCAUUAGAAUGUGGGAUAUUAUUGCUGGAAAAACUAUCAAAACGUUGACUCACCAUAAGAAAAGUGUGCGAGCCUUGCAAUUUCAUCCUGUCUACAACAUGUUUGCCUCUGGUGCACCUGAUAAUAUCAAACAAUGGAUGUGUCCUGAUGGAGAUUUUGUUCAAAAUUUGAGUAAUCAUAAAAUGGUUAAUUGCUUAGCUGUUAAUGAAGAUAACGUUCUUGUCUCAGGAGCUGAUGAUGGCUCAUUGUACUUUUGGGACUGGAAAUCAGGAUAUAAUUUCCAAAGUUUUAACUCAUUACCACAAUCAGGUUUCGUGGGUGCUAACUCUGUUUAUGCUGCUUUGUUUGAUAGAAGUGGUUCUCGAUUAAUAACCGGCGAAUGUGAUGCGACUAUCAAAAUUCAUCAAGUGGAUGAAGAGGCCACCCCUGAAAGUUUUCCAAUCAACUGGAAGCCUGGAAUUUUCAGACGAACCAUGUAAUAUAUUUAUUUUUGCACAAAAGUUAAGAAAUACACCAUUUAAUAAUUUUUUCAUUUA